ACCGGACUCCUUGUUGUUUUAGUAACUAUCUUGACGAAUCAUUCUUCUGUCCAUCUGGCUGUGUCUACACCAAAGGCUAGGAUGGCACAGCUACGGCAGUGUAGCUGAGCGCUGUAGCUACAUCAGCCUAAAUUGUAAGUGUAGACCAGGCCUCUGUCUUAGAAAUGACUGAUUUAAGAGAAGGUCAUUAGAGUCACUGAGUUUUAAGGCCAGAAGCGACCACCAGGUUAUCUAGUCUGACCUCCUGUAUAUCACAGGCAAUCAACACCUGCACACAACCGCACAACCAAAAUUAGACCGAAGUAUUACAGAUCUCAGGAGACUAGACCAUUAUGUGCAGCAGGCAGCGAAUAAGAGGAACCAAGGUGCACAGAGUCUGAGGCCCCAACAAUGGCAGGGAAAUGAUUAAGUGAGAUACACCCACAGAAUCCUGGCAAGUGACCCGCACCCACAUGCUGCAGAAGACAACAAGGUGAACAAACCCCCAAGGUCACUGCCAAUGUGACCUGGGGAAAUUCCUGUCCAACCUCACGUACAGCGAUCAGUUCGUCCCCAAUGUUGUGAGCAAGAAACAGCCAGCCAAGUACCUGAGCGAGAGAAUCCUCGGUGCAACAUAAGAGCCCUGGCCCACCCCGCCCACUGCCCCAUUUCCAGCCAUGAUCAUCCCUGAUGCUUCAUAGGAAGGAAAUACAAAAAAAAAAAACCCUCCCAGAAUAUAUUGGGGGGAUCCUUUUCUGAUCCCUGCUGGUAGCUGGCUGAAAUCCUGAAGCAUAAUUGAAGGGUGAGUUCACAGCUAUCAGUCUCAGCAAGGUCUGAGUCACUAGUACCUCUCAGUAGAGGGACAUUUUUGAGGGGACCUGUAACUCGAGAACCCCUCAAAAGACCCCACACCUCAAGGAGGCACACAAAAUGCAAAAUGAUCUGAGUAACCAUUCAGAUUUUAGAGCACUUACAAGAGUUGAGCUUUAAAGCCUACAAAAUGGCAGGAAUGGAAACCCACUAAAUGUUUUUCUGUAUUGGUGCGUGCGUACUGUAAAAAGUGUACAUUUUCUUAAAUCCCAUUCUCAGUCUGGAUCCCCCAAAGAUUUAGGGGGUGCCAUGCACUAUUUUGGGUAAAACUAUUGAGACCAGCGUCACAUCAAUAGUUAGAUCUCUAGCUCUAUGCAAAAAAACAAACAAACUAGAAACUCUUUAUAAAUGGCUGUUUUUUUCAGGUCUUAUAUCUCUGGCACCUCUAGCUCAAAUGACCCCAAGUUUGGGUCACUAACUGUACCCUACACCCGUCUGACAAAGGAUGUCAAUUUUAGAGGACUUAGAAAGAGGAACCUUUCAACAGAAGUCAUGAUGCAACCUUCACUAUAGUGGCACUGCCAUACCAAUACAAUUUCCUGGUUUUUCAGAAGUUUGAGUUUGAAAUACUUUAAUUCUGUAUUUCCUGGGUUUUUGGAGGUUUGGGUGUCACUGAAUUUAUUACGUGUUUUUUCUGUUUCGUCAUUGAAUAAUGAUUAUAAUAAUUUUUUGCGGUUUAGUUAGUCGUUUACGGUGGUCAGAAAAGAAUAUUUUACCCUGAUGUACAAAUGGCUAGUUGUGUUCUAGGAUGGGGUCUUUGUUUGUAUGUUUUCCUCCGCUGAAGCAUAAGAGAUUGGCCACAGUUGAAGACAGGACACCAGAUGGGGUGGACCAGUACUUUGAGGUGGUACAGAAAACCCUCUUUCUAGAUUCCUGGCUGGUGUGUCUUACUCACAUGCUCAGGGUCAGACUGAUCGCCUAAUUUGGGGUUAGAAAUCAGUUUUCCUGCAACUCCGAUUGGCUGGAACCUUGGUGUGGGAGGGGGUCAGCUUUCCUGAGUCUGCAGCAUUGGGCCUAGCUCACCUCCUGGGAUCAUCUGAGCAUAUCUUGCCAAAUCAAUGCCCUGCCAGUGCAGGGGCCUCAGACAUUAGUAGCAUGUUGAGCUCUCCUGUCUCUCCCUGUGCCACACAGUUUACUCUCCUGGGGACUGAAAUGUUUUCAACUAAAGUCUCUGGGCUUAAUAUAGCGGGUACAUCGGCUGUGAUACACAUUAGGUCAGACUAGAUGCCCUUAAACUCUGUGAAGAAUACAAGGGCACCCGCUCAUCCAGCACAUCUGGAAACCGCCGUGUCUCAGAAUAAUUGUAAAAUCCUGGUCUCACCUGCUUUCUUUCCCCGGAGCAGGAUUUCCAAUUGCCAAACCCAACAUAAUAUUCCAGCUGGAACGAGGGGAAGAGCCGUGGGUGCCAGAUCUCCCCAGCUUUGAGGAAAGGGACAUCCUGAGAAACAUCCACACAGAUGAUGGGAUGUUGGGUGAGAGCGAGGAGGAGAAUCCUCAGCAGAAAGUUCCUGAACAAGUGGAACAACACGGAAAUCUAUCAGGAAAAACGGAAGAGGACGUUUCCCAGAGUCCUGAGCAGAGAGAAGCCUGUGACAGACAGCAAGGAAAUAACCCAGGGAUGAAACUGGGUAAAUCCACUUACCAAGUGGGAGGUCUGAAGGACCUUAAGAAAACCACGAUCCUGCCAAGAGUCUUCAGUAAAGAGGAACCAUAUGACUGUGCUGAGUGUGGGAGAAGUUUCAACCGGAGAUCCUACCUUGUUAGACAUCAAAGAGUCCACACUGGUGAAAAACCCUAUAACUGCCCCAGCUGUGGGAAGUGCUUCAGUCAGAUAUCACACCUUAUUGUACAUCAGAGAAUCCAUACAGGAGAGAGACCCUAUAAAUGCCUUGACUGUGAGAAAAGUUUCAAGCACAGUUCAGACCUUGUUUCACACCAGAGAAUUCACACAGGGGAGAGACCAUAUAAAUGCGCAGACUGUGGGAAGAGCUUCAGGCAGAGCUCAGUCCUUAUUUCACAUCACACAAUCCAUACGGGAGAGAAAUCCCAUAACUGUCUUGAGUGUGGGAAAUAUUUUGCUUAUUUCUCAUCCCUGAUUUCACACCGGAGAAUCCACACAGGAGAGAGACCCUAUAUGUGCCUCGACUGCGGGAAAACCUUCCGUCAGAAAGGUACCCUUAUUAUCCAUCAGAGAAUCCACACAGGAGAGGCACCCUAUAGCUGUCUUAAGUGCGGGAAAAGCUUCAAGCAGAGAUCAGACCUUAGUGUACAUCAGAGAAUCCAUGUGGCAGAGAGACCCUAUAAAUGCCCCGACUGUGGGAAACGCUUCAGCCAGAGUUCAAACCUCCUUAAACACCAGAGAAUCCACACAGGAGAGAGACCCUAUAACUGCCUGGAGUGUGGGAAACGUUUUUCCAAUUUCUCUUACCUGAUUUCACAUCGGGGAAUCCACACGGGAGAGAGACCCUAUAAAUGCCCCGACUGUGGGAAAAGCUUCAAACAGAGCUCGGACCUUAUUUCACACAGACGAAUUCACACAGGAGAGAGACCUUAUAAAUGCUCUGUCUGUGGAAAGAGCUUCAGCCAGAGAUCAAACCUCAACGUACAUCAGAAAAUCCACACGGCAGCAAGACCCUAUAACUGCCCCAAGUGCGGGAAAAGCUACAGGCGCAACUCAGAGCUUAUUUCACAUCAGAAAAUUCACAUGGGAGAGAAACCCCAUAACUGCCCUGAGUGCGGAAAAAGCUUCAAGCGGAGGUCCGUACUAAUUUCGCAUCAGAGAAUCCACACGGGAGAGAAACCCUUUAAGUGCUCCGAAUGUGGGAAAAGUUUCUGUCAGAGAUCGCAACUUAUUAGGCAUCAGAGAAUUCACACAGGACAGAGACCUUAUAAAUGCUCGGAGUGCGGAAAGAACUUUACCCAGAGCUCAGCCCUUAUUGUCCAUCAGAGAAUGCACACCGGAAAUAAACCAUAUACAUGUUCUGUCUGUGGGAAAAGCUACAAGGUGAAGACCUCGCUAAUAUCCCACCAGAAACUGCACACAAGGUAGAAGGUGUUGAGAGUUCUCCCUAUGGUCGUGUCCUCUUGAAGCAAAGUGUAAAUGUGCUUCAUUUGAGGGGGGUCUGGGCAGGAGCAGCAGGUGGGCACAAGGUUUGGGGUUUUAGUGGGCAAUGGUUGAUGGGGCCCAGAAGAGGCAGGAACGCUGGAUACUGGGGAGCUGUGUUGUUUCUGGGUGAAGCAGAUGAUGAGAUUAGUAGCGAGAUGUUUCUGUGGGUUCCACACACACUUACCAAUGUAGAGAAGAGGUAAAAAUGCCCUGUUGCCAUUUGUGUCUGCAGCUCCUCAGGCCUCUCAGGACAGGGGCAGAAGGACGUUCCUCAGAGAAGCAGCGAGAGGCCCCAUGGGGCUGUGGUUAUAAGGCAGAUGGUGCUACUAAGCUGAAGCAACAGGAUUUCAGAGCAAUGCUCAGUGUAUUGAACAUCUCUGCAGCUGUGGGAUGUGAGGAGCGACUGAGAAGGGAAUGAAUGGUGGAGAUUCCCCAAACAGCUAUUGUCAUUUGGAGUUGCACUGUUUCUGGGAGGACAGUAUGGUGUAACAGUGACAGCAGGAGGAAUUGGGACUCAGGACUCCUGGGUUCUAUUCUCAGCUCUUGUAUGGGAGUAAGGGCUAGUCAGUUAAAGCAGUGGAGGCUGGGACCCUGGGACUCCUAGGUUCAGUUCCCAGUUCUGAGAGGGGAGUGUGUCAAAUCACGCCAUCAAACGAAUGCUCCGGAAGGUGGUAGGUGCCAAUGGAUACUAUCGGGACACCCUGAUUCCACUCAUUUUAAUGGCCCUCAGGACAACUCCAGCUGCCUCCACAGAUCACACGCUCUUUGAGGUGAUGACUGGGCGAAUUAUGCCAAUAACAGAGCCUCUUCUCUGGCAUACCCACAGCUAGAGCUAGACUUAUGCCCAUACCAGAGCAUCUUCUGUGCAUACCCACAGUUAGAGGUGGGAGGGGUGGGGUGGCAGUGGAGAGAUGGGCAGACAGGACCCCUGGGUUCAAUAACGCUCCGUGCUAGUGUCUCCUGGUGUGAUCUUGUGCCAGUCACUCCCCCUCCUCUCUGUGCAGCCUCCUCUUCUCCAGUCUCUGAUGGGGAUAAUAGUUGCUCCCCUUCACAGGGAGUCAUGGGGUGUCACUAAUUCUUCUGUGAGAAGUGACUCAGGAAGCCAGAGGUGCUGACCCUCGUCUGCCCCUUCCUGGAUCACUGUGUCAGCGGAGUGAGUGACUGAACCUAUGGGAAGGGUUUCAGCAGGAUUUCCUCAUCCCUGUUUUCAGGCAGGGGCUCAGCGGACAUCGCACAUGGGAUUUUUCCUGAAAUAACUGCCCUGUGAGGAAUUUUUCUCCUUGUUUUGGGAUGGUGGGCGAGGGGAGGGUCUCUUGUUUCUAGAAAAUCAGAUUUCAGAUUCAUCUUUAUUUCUCAUUGAAGUUUUUACUUUGAUUGGUUUCUGUUUUUUCCAAAUAAAUUCCUAAUAAAAUGUUUGUUGCAAAUC